AUGAAGGCACCACUCCAUCGUCGAACCAUACCGUCUGAGGAAUCUGUUAAGGAUUUUUCAGGAUGCAACCGACAUCAAAUAGUUAAAAAUAACUCUUCAUCGUCGAACGUUGUCUCUGUUAGACGUGGUGCAAUACAAGUUUUCAUCAAUGAUAUUUGUGAAAGUCUGCGUGGUGUAUUCAUUUCCUCCACAAGAGCUGAAAAAUAUGCAAAACUGCAUGGAGCUGAACAAGGUAGCACAGUGUUGUCUAAAAUGGCAUCGAAAUGUGGAUGGAUAUGCUUCGGUGUUACCUCACUCAACCUAGAUCUUACCAUAAACGGUGAAGUGCUAUCUAGGUUACAUACAGUAGUUGAUUUAAGUAGUCCUACAACUUGUCGUUUGCAGAACAGACUCUGGAAUAAUCUAUCACAAUCUAUCCGUAAAAUAAAACCACUCCCAUUCACUGUUCACUGCAUUAUUGUAUGGUGCACCUCUGAAAAGGCAUUAAACAUUCUAGCACCUGUAAUUUCAUCUUCAUUCACAAGUGAGAUCAUAGGAACAUUAAAUGUUUAG